AUGGCUCGCGUCGGGCUGACGACGCUUCUGGAUCGGCAGAAGCCGGCCGGGCGGUUGCGAGACGCGUGCUGGCGCCUCUACGACCUCUUCGACUGUAUGAAGCACUGUGACGAGGAGCCAAAGGGGUUCGAGAAAUUUGUCAAAUACUCCGAGCGUCAAUGUCUUGAGGCCAUGCAUGAUCAGGAUACUUGCCGCUACGUCCACCUCAACGCCCUGUGCCUUGAAAACGCCGUGCUUUCACACUGCCCAAAUGCUGAACAUAUCUUCACAAGGCUCAACUUCCGCGACUACUUUUUGAAUUUCAUCGUCCCCGAUGACGAUACGCUGUUCGACGAUGAGGAUUUGGACGCUUGCCAAGUGUACGACUUCGUGCAGCCCGUCUUCCCGAAGAACACGAAGCAGCCGAAGGAUCGAUCUUUGUCGAAUCUUUAUUCACCGACCCCAUCUACGUCUACCGUAGCCGCCCGAUUUUUGGAGAGCUCGACUUUUAUUGAGGAAGAGCUCGAGCGGUUGGAGCAACACGAAAGGUCUGAGUUUGUGACGGAAAAAGAGCUGGAAACGAGUACAAAAGCGUCGUCAAGCAGUUCAGAUCACCCGGUCAAAAAGCAAGACGAUCUGGCGGACCUCAGGGGAGAGCUGGAAAAGCUUGACAAACUGGAAGAGGCCGACGUCACCACCAAGAGCUCAAAACGUACAAGAAGCACGACCCUGUUCCCGACGUUGACCCCGAGGAUUCAUUACACGGCUAAAGAUCUGAAGGCACGUCAAAAGAACCGGAAUCGGAAUCGUGGAAAAGCAAGGGAUGACGAUGGAGGGCGUGGAGAUGAUCAUGGGAAAGCGAUCGAAGGCGUCUCCGAUGUAAUGAAGGACCAAAAGGAGCGGCAAGAGGAGAAAGAGAAAGAAAAGGAGAGCAAGGAAAAAGACGAGGAGGACGACAAGAAGAAAAAGAAAAAGAAGGAGGACGAGAAGCCGUCGAACGAGACGAUGCUGGCCGACAAUUCCACGUUACCUCUGAGGCCCGUCUACGGGAAGGAGGUGGAAAUUACAGAGAUCUACACAGAAGCGACGACCACGAAAACGACUACGGUGCUGGUCCCGAAAAAUGAGCCCAAAGCCACCCCAUCUCCAAGAAGUACAGCGCCAGCAAGUUCCUCUACCACCCAAUCAGCUCCAAAAUACGGCUCCGAAGUGGUGAUCCCAUCGUCGACAGGAGCCGACCGGAAAUCGACUGAUCUGCAACCCACCGCGGUAUCCGGGGAAAUCGAAGACGCCCUCGAUCAUCCGCCCACCGCCACUCCAGAUGACCUCGACGUCGACUUUCUGCUCUCCCAGGAGGCGAUCGACGGGAAAAGCUUUGAGGAUUUUAUUGUCGAGAGGAGUGGAGGGCAGAUAGCCCCGGCUCGCCCCUACCUGCUGCCAACCGAUGCAGCAGAGACGGUGACGAUUGGUAGAGACUCUGAACUCGCUGAAGUCGCUCCAGCCGACGUGUCUUCCGUUGAACUGCUACCGACGGCGAAAGACGGCGAGAACGGCGCUUUCCAUACAGAGACGUCCACGAAUCGACAAGAGUUUGGAGAUGAUCAACGGGUUGAAGAUUUCACCGAAAUUCCGAUUGCGAAAACGACGCGGAAGAAGCUGUUCUCGUCGGAUGAGGAUUUUGAGAUUACGCCUCCGAAUUUUCACUAUUCUACGUACCGAAUUGGGCUGAUCCCGAAGGAGCAUCAGUGGUGGUACUACACGACAAACUGGGCGAAUUCCGGCCCGACACCGUAUCCGAUGACGACACAAAAACCCGUCACAAGGCUUUAUACAACAAUUGAGACCUAUCUGAAAAAUGGAGUCACAACUCGGCGAAUCGUCGUCAAGAAAGGCCCUCGAAAAUUCAAGGACCCGCUGGAGGUAGAAAUUGCUGGGAAAAGCGGCGAGAAGCUGGAAGCGGUGGAAGCCACGACGGUGAAGCAUCAGCCGAUUUUGGAUAGGAAGAGCAGUGAAAGCCCCUCCGCCGCUACGCCGCUAUUCCAGAACCGAAAAAUACACAUCAAGCAGAUCCGGCCGAUGAACGAGAGAAGCUCGGAGGCUAGGGCCGAGGAAGGCCGGAGCCAAGCAUCGAUAAUCUACGACCAAAACCGGCAGCAGGAAAUCGAUGGGCUACUCGACGCGCCGGAUUACGAAUAUUUACCCGAGGAGGGGAAGACUCUCGAUCACUACCCCGAACACCUUGCGGUAAUUCCUACCGUAAUCAUCGCAAAAUCCAGGGAAUUGCCUGAAGAGCCACAACACCAUCCUAAAGACGCUGGAAUUGGGCGAAGCAUCGAUCCGCAUAAACUUUUCAAGAAUCCACCGGGUAACUCGAAUUCUGGAGAGAAGGAGGGGGACAGUACCCCAACAAUCACCGGAAACGGCGGCGACCUUAUCCGGCAGCCAAUCGACACAGGAGCCACGCGUACACUGAUCCUGGUGUACGGUAUCCUGAUCGUCUGCACCCUCCUCGUCGUUCUGCUCCUGCUCGUGUGCUGCCUAGUCCGGAAAAUGCGACAAAGCAGCAGAAGCUCCGGCAAGGGCACCCCACCGGCGGCUCCACGC